AUACAAGGAGCAGCAAAAGAAAGAGGAAAACAAAGGAAAGUCAGAAAGAUGGAAAAAGCAGAUAAAGAAAUAAAAGCCAAAAAAUGGAGGAUGGUGAAAAAUAUUGCCGUAGUGACGGUUUCGUUUGUCUUUCUAUAUUCGGCAGUCAUAGGGUUAUUCUUACUCCAAAGCAGUUUGAAUGCUGAGAUGGGUGUAAUUUCACUAGGAGCUAAUUUUGCGGCAACUGCAUUUUCAUGCAUCUUUCUUUCGACAAUUGUCGUUCAAAAGUUAGGAUGUAAAUUGUCCCUAGUCAUAAGUAUGAUCGGUUUAACAUUAUGGAUGGCGGCGAACCUUUACGCUUCGUGGGCAACACUCGUCAUUGGGGCUCUAUUAAUGGGCUUAGGUCCAAUAUGGGGAAACAUACUUUCUUCGUCUAUACUUUCGAUGUCCUCCAACAAUGCUGUUAUUAGUAGUAACACAACUGAUGUCCUAUCCUUUGAGCAUUGCGGAGCUAAUGAUUGCGGAUUAAUAGCUGGGGGAAAUGAGACAACUGUAGACUCUCAACGCCCAGAACAAUGGGUAGUUUGGACGCUGGUUGGGACUUAUGUUGUUUUUGGCGUCAUAUCGAUUAUUUUUCUAUCCAUUUUUAUGGACCCUGAGCCAGCUAAACAAAAAGAAAAGAAUAAAAAUGUUAAAUUUAGUGCUAGCUUGUUUACUUCGACGAUAUCGCAAAUGGGAAACAAAUAUCAAGUUCUAUUGGCGCCCCUGACAAUCUAUACUGGAAUGGAACAAGCUUUUAUGACAGCGGAAUAUACAAAAUCCUAUAUAGCAUGCGCUAUUGGAAUCGCUAGUAUAGGUAAAGUUGUUAUAGCUUAUUGCGCAUCGGCUGCCGUUGUAUCUGUCUUGUCAGGUAUGGUGGUAAAGAGACUUGGUCGUGCUCCUGUAUUUGUAACAGCUUUUGCCGCCCAUGUGAUAUGCCUAAAUAUCUUUCUUUUCUGGGUGCCUAAUCCAAAUGAGUUAUGGAUAAUGUUUCUAAUGCCAGCUGCUUGGGGAAUAGGUGAUGCUAUAUGGCAGACGCAAAUAAAUGCACUUUAUAGCCUACUUUUUCGGGAUAAUUCAGAAGCGGCUUUCUCGAAUUAUCGCUUAUGGGAAGCCGUUGGCAUGAUUGCUUCGUUCUCAUAUAGUUCCUUCAUAUGCAUUCGCAUAAAAAUUUACAUCUUACUCACUGUCUUGGCUAUAGGAAUUAUUUGUUUUCUACUUGUUGAAAUCAUAAUUAGGCGUGAAAAUCGGAGCGUGAAUAUUGCCGAAAAUGAAAAGACUUUAGCCGUUAGGGAUGAUCGUUUAUAUCCAGUCACUGAAGUUGUUAGACACAAGUCGCCUGUUUAUGUGCCUAAAUAUUCUACCGAUAAAGCUGCUGAAAUAAUUAGGCUAAGAACAAUGUCACAAGAUGGUACUGAAGGGCAAUCGGAACAAUAUUUCCGGAGAUUGAGCGUUUUCGUUCCUGUUGCCGAUGAGGAACAAAAUAAAUGAUUAUACUAAAAGCACACAAAGCGUUCAUAGAUAGAUAAUGCACGAUAUCCUAAUGCUUUACUUUUCUACAGUAUGAUGAUAGCCAUUAUCUCCUGUAUAAUUGUUAGAUUUUUACCAAAUAUAACCAUUCUUCACGACAGAACAACAAUCGAUUUUGAAAAAAGAUACAGGCGUAGUAUGGGAAAAGAAUCAAAUUUUGCACUUCAAAUUCAAAAACGAAAAAACCAUACUUCUCUGUUUAUAAACAGUAAUUGAUGCAAUCUUAUAGGCAUACACGUAGCAUUUCGUUUGGCGCGCGAACCAAAACCGGAAAGAACGUUACAAUCGUAGAACUUUUGAGUAUGAACUACAGAUUUACUGACUAAAGCUAAUUUUUUGAAACAUUUAACUGGUAAAUAAAAAAUUUAAAGGGGAGAUAAGUAAUUUAAGUAAAAAAUUAUUCAUUUUUAGCAAUAAUAUCAGUUGAAAAUCAGAAAUAUAUGGAUUCAAGUAGCGGAAAUGAAAAAUACUCAACGAACCCUGGGGAAGAAUACU